CACAGUGCCCUGCUCAGAAGCCCCAAGCUCGUCAGUCAAGCCGGUUCUCCAUUUGCACUCAGGAGCACGGGGCAGGCGAGUGGCCCCUAGUUCUGGGAGCAGAACAGCAGUGUCCCAGUUCUAGUCCCCAGCCUAAAGCCUGCCUGCCCAGUGCCAGGAUGGCCACCAUCACCUGCACCCGAUUCACAGAAGAGUACCAGCUCUUCGAGGAACUGGGAAAGGGAGCCUUCUCCGUGGUUCGCAGGUGUGUGAAGGUGCUGGCUGGCCAAGAAUAUGCUGCCAAGAUCAUCAACACCAAGAAGCUCUCAGCCAGAGAUCACCAGAAGCUGGAGCGUGAGGCCCGCAUCUGCCGCUUGUUGAAGCACCCCAAUAUUGUCCGACUCCAUGACAGCAUCUCUGAGGAGGGACACCACUACCUUAUCUUCGAUCUGGUCACUGGUGGGGAGCUGUUUGAAGACAUUGUGGCCCGGGAGUAUUACAGCGAAGCUGAUGCCAGUCACUGUAUCCAGCAGAUCCUGGAGGCUGUGCUGCAUUGUCACCAGAUGGGCGUGGUACACCGAGACCUGAAGCCUGAGAACCUGUUGCUGGCCUCGAAGCUCAAGGGUGCUGCUGUGAAGCUGGCCGACUUUGGCCUGGCCAUAGAGGUUGAGGGGGACCAGCAGGCAUGGUUUGGGUUCGCAGGGACACCCGGAUACCUCUCCCCAGAAGUGCUGCGGAAGGACCCGUACGGGAAGCCCGUGGACCUGUGGGCCUGUGGCGUCAUCCUGUAUAUCUUGCUGGUUGGAUACCCCCCAUUCUGGGAUGAGGACCAGCACCGCCUGUACCAGCAGAUCAAAGCUGGUGCCUAUGAUUUCCCAUCACCAGAAUGGGACACCGUCACCCCAGAAGCCAAGGAUCUGAUCAAUAAGAUGCUGACCAUCAACCCAUCCAAGCGCAUCACAGCCGCUGAAGCGCUCAAGCACCCCUGGAUCUCGCACCGCUCCACGGUGGCCUCCUGCAUGCACAGACAGGAGACCGUGGACUGCCUGAAGAAAUUCAAUGCCAGGAGGAAACUAAAGGGAGCUAUCCUCACCACUAUGCUGGCCACCAGGAACUUCUCCGGAGGGAAGAGUGGAGGAAACAAGAAGAACGAUGGUGUGAAGAAAAGAAAGUCCAGUUCCAGCGUUCAGUUAAUGGAAUCUUCAGAGAGUACCAACACCACCAUCGAGGAUGAAGACACCAAAGUGCGCAAACAGGAAAUCAUAAAAGUGACAGAGCAGCUGAUCGAAGCCAUAAGCAAUGGAGACUUUGAGUCCUACACGAAGAUGUGUGACCCUGGAAUGACAGCCUUCGAACCCGAGGCCCUGGGAAACCUGGUCGAGGGCCUGGACUUUCAUCGAUUCUAUUUUGAAAACCUGUGGUCCCGGAACAGCAAGCCCGUGCACACCACCAUCCUGAACCCUCACAUCCACCUGAUGGGCGACGAGUCUGCCUGCAUCGCCUACAUCCGAAUCACGCAGUACCUGGAUGCCGGCGGUGUACCCCGCACGGCGCAGUCAGAGGAGACCCGUGUCUGGCACCGCAGGGAUGGCAAAUGGCAGAUCGUCCACUUCCACAGAUCUGGGGCACCCUCCGUCCUGCCCCAUUGAAGGACCAGGUCAGGGUCCCUGCGUUGUUGCAUCGCAGAGAUCCAUUCUUUGUCCGUGGAAUGUGGCUGCUGGUUCUCUCUUGGAUCUUGCUGGAAUUCUCCCUGUCACAUCACCCUAUUGUCGUCACCUCUGUACUUGUGUCACAAAAAGCCAUCUCGACAUCAAAGCAAGCAGCCGGCUCUUCCCAGCUUCACCUCUCACUUUCACUCUCUUCCUGCCAGUGGGGACCUUCUUCAGGCUUGGGUACCCAGAGUGCCAGCCCCAGGAACCCCCAUUUCCCACCCACUUUUGUUGGCCUGGCCUAGCCCUGGCUAUGGGUGAGGAGGCCCCAGCUGUGCACUCACCAGGAAGUGAGGAAGAGGAGGUCAGGUGUGACAAGGGUCCCUCUCUUCAAUCCCUCCUCUUUUGGGGUCCCCAGGAAAGCACAGAUGAGCCCCCUUAAUAUCCAAGCCAACUCCUUCUGGGAGAGAGUGAGAGAGGAGCCGAUUCGAGGAACUGCUGCUCUCAUCUGUCCCCUUCCUGUGCUGGCCUCGUGUUGGCCCACACCACCCGCCAUGGUCCCCCAUGCGUGUGGGCUGUAUAGUCCAGGUGUCCCACCUACCACCUCAGUCCUUCUGUGAAGUUCACCUCCAGUGCCGACCUGUCCAUCUGCCCUCCAAUGGCCUUGGAGAAUUCCAGCCUCAUCUGUCUGAGAUCUGAUGGUGUUUCAGGGGCAAAGCAAGCAACAUUUAGGUAUCACUUCUACUUGGACGCAUGCCUUUUUACAGCCAAACUUCUGUGUAUUUCGUAAACGGAUUUUGCGUUAACGGAUAUUUAUGUAAUAACUAGACCUCUCAAGUUAUUGUUUAAAAAAAAAAAAGAGUUGGAUUAGGUUGAGGGGGGGAGGGGAGAUGAGGGGAAGUUCUUAUUCUGUUCCAGAUUUUUUUUUUUUUUGGAGGGGUCCUUUCUGAGGACUCACUCCCCUAGGGAGCACUGCUUCCUCCCAUUCUGGUCCCCAAGGUCAGCUGACAAGAUUUCUUCCAGGGCCAGCAUGACUAAGACACAGUGAGUCAGGGUUGGGGAGGCCAUCAGACUGGGGACAUCCAGAUUUGGCAUCUGGAGUCCUCACUAUCAUACUCUCCACCCCAGCCCCACUACCUUCUGAGUACAUGUCCUCAUUGACACUCUUAACUUGGCCAAAACAGGGCACCAGAAACUUAUUUUCCUACUUCAUGCUGGACUUGGGCUGGCAUGUGCUCUUUUGAGCCUGCCUGUCUGCCUGCUCUUCCACCCUCCCUCCCCUCCUCCUCUCCCAGGCCUUUCUUUUUCUCUUCCUCUCUCUCCCUCUUCCUGGAAUUGGCUCUAAUACGAAAUGCUGUGUCUCCUCCCUUGGGAUCUCCUGUCUGCACUGUUUUCUUUGCAUGACUUUAUAUGCAGUAAGUAUGUUGAAAAAAACAAAAAAGAAGAAAAACACUCAGCAAAAAUCAAACGAUAUGUUUUGGAGAAAAAAAAUAAUAAUAUUAACAUUCGAGGUUGUAUUCUCAGUGUCCAAUUUGGAAUUAACGUUGCUGCCUCUCUGUGCUUUUGGUCUCUGUGUGGCUGUGUUUUGCCAGCAUGAGACACUGUCCCCUCUGGAGGAUUCUAGGGGAGGAAGAGCCAUGUGUCCAGGGGUUUGGAGACAGCUUUUAUCCUCUCAGCUUUUCUGAGGGUUGAUUGGAGCAGAACUGGAAGGGGUUUUUAAUCCAGAACCAGAAAGCUCUGGUAUUGCCCCUUUCCCCCACAUAAUGAGCUAUAUACUGGGCUUUUCUCUCAAAUCCUGCCCAGGGACAAGUACAGGGCAGAAGAGUGGCUCUGUUGUGUAAGCCGCUCCACUGCAGUGUUCUGCCCUUGGCAGAGACACUGCUGCCCAGGCCCUAGGAUGGGCCCUUGCCCUGCCCCAGAACCAGGCUUCUUCAUUAAGGCUCAGCAAACCCAUUGUCCCCAGCCAUCCCUAGCCAAAGGUAAAGGAGGGUGUGGCCUUUACCAGGGAAUCAUGCAGAUGCCAAGCAAGAUCUCAUCCUUUCUUCAAGCCCCAGUUUCUCCAUCAACAUCCCUACAAGACGAUGACAGGAAGCCCAGUCCUCCUAUGAGAGCUUGCUGAGUUUGUCACUGGCUGGCCUUUUCCUGCACCAGGCCAGGCUAGUCCCCAUCCUUUUCCCUGCCUGUCCCUCACUUUCCUCUUUGGUGCCUGUCUGUUGCUGACCAGCAAUGGACUGCAGGGGAAAGAAAGAAGUAUUUGGGGGCUUUGAUUCCAGGCUCUGACCAGAUCUGCUAUGUGACCUUGGGUGAGUCCUUUUCCCUGGUGGAGCCUUAGUUUCCCCAACCAGAAGACGCCUAUGCCUUGCCUUUUGUUGGCUCACAUGCCCCUGCCCACCGUGUGCCUGGUCACAUGUGGGAGAAGUGGAGGCAGGGCCCUACGUACCCCAGUCUGAGACGGCCCGCUCUGCAGAGGCCGCUCCUGUGGGUGGGCAGCCAACUAGUGUAACCCUUGGGGCACUGCAAUGGCCCUGAGGUGGCAGGCAGGGGAACUGGCAGGAAAAAAAAAACUGCCCAGAGCCCACCCUCACCAGACAAGCUCUGUGCUCCUCCCAAAUACCCUCUAGACUAAAAAGAAAGAAAAA